GAAAAAGUGUGCCACUUAUCUCAUUUCCCAUAAACUGCCUAUAUAUAAAGGUACCUGUGCAGGAGGUUGGUACUAGUUUGUGGAGGUGCAGCCUGUUGGAAUAGUUUGCUUUUUUUGGACAAGAUCUGUGAAAGUUUGAGCAUUUAUUCAAGAGGAACUUCUGCUUUUAUCCUGCUCCAGCAGCCUCCAGCAGCUUUGUGCGUCUGUGUGCCGGACGAGUGGGCGGUGCUGCGGCUGCCACGUCAUAUCAGCCGCCGCGCUCUGAUUGGCUGCCGAGUCUCACCCGACACAGCUGUGAUUGUUUUCUGCAGAGGAAGCUGUUGUCUGUGGUAUGAGAGCUCUGCUGUGCUGUGGAAUGGAGCAGCACUCUUGUUUUUUUGAGUGUACGAUGAUGUGAACAAAACUACGUGAUUGCAGAGAAAAAACUUGCAGGAAAAACAAGAAAGGUUUCAUCAUUUUUGUCGGGGAGAGGAGUGGAGGUUUCUCUUUGUGGACCACUGAAGACAUCUUGAGAUCAAGCCUAAAAAGUGCCAAAUGCCCAGACUAGAGGACCACUGCUGGAGCUGCUCCUGUGCAUCAUCAACGACUGAAGCAAAGCACUCAUCUGGAGCAAACUGGUUGGCACACAAGGCAGAAGAAAUGAUGUCCAUCAUCACCUCGGUGCUCCGCAAUGCCUACGGCUCUCUGCACGACGUGCGCACGGCCAACCUGAUCCGCAGAGGUCUGGUGCUCUUCACCGUCGGUGCGUUCCUCGCUUUGGUGCUCAACUUGCUGCAGAUACAGAGAAAUGUCACCCUGUUUCCAGAGGAGGUGAUGACAACUUUGUUUUCGUCCGCCUGGUGGAUCCCACCUUGCUGUGGCACAGGGGCUGCUGUUGUCGGCCUGCUGUAUCCCUGCCUCGACAGCCAUUUGGGAGAGCCGCACAAGUUCAAGAGGGAGUGGGCCAGCGUCAUGAGGUGCAUCGCGGUGUUCGUCGGCAUCAACCACGCCAGUGUUAAACUAGACAUCGACAACAACGUGCAGCUCUCCCUCACGCUGGCAGCCUUGUCCUUGGGCCUGUGGUGGACGUUCGACCGGUCCAGGAGCGGUUUCGGUUUGGGCCUCACCACUGCAGUCCUAGCAACUGUGUUCACACAGCUGCUGGUCUACAACGGAGUCUACCAGUAUACGUCUCCAGACUUCGGGUAUGUGCGCUCCUGGCUCCCAUGCAUAUUCUUCUCAGGCGGCGUUACUGUGGGCAACAUCGGACGCCAACUCGCCAUGGGUGGCAUCGAGAAACCCCACAUGGACUGAACAGUUGAAAACACCGACAACCAGGCGAAGCACAGCCAAUGUAAAGAUGGACAAGUUAUGUGAAGAACAAGGGGAGGACAACAGGAGAAAAAAGACUCAUUGUUUCGACUUCAUCCUUUGUUCUCAUAACAAAGUGCGGGUCAGGAAAGAAAAGCCCCUCGUCAUCUAACGUGCCAUGUCCUCUGCACCUCCUUGUGGCCAAACAACCGCUCCCUCCCACCUCCUCCGAUAGCAUUAAGGCUUCCUUCACACUACGCAGGAGGACAGUGUUUGCCUUCUUCUUUUGUUGUUUUUUGAAGUGAACUGGUUUUAUUUCCAUGCUGGAAAUACGUAUCUUUCUGCAGUUAAUGGAGUGGAAGCGUGUGCUUUAGUGUGGAUGGUCUUUUUGUUUUUAAGCCUGAAUAUAUUAUGAUCAUAAAAAGGGAAAUGUCUUCACUCUCACGUAGAAGUGUAUUCAGCUGCGGCCUCAGUUGCAUCACUGGGGCACACAGAGGGGAUGUAUGUUCCCAGUCGAACCAAAUUAAGUAUUUAUUUUGUACGUUUUGAAUGACCCCCCCCCCAAACCAAAUGUACUGUAUAAUUGAUAAUGAAUGAUGCCUCCCAUUUUGAAAGGAAUAUUUCAGGAAAUUACUUUCUUGCUCAAAGUUAGAUGAGAAGAUUGAGGCCACUCUCAUAUCUGUACGGUGAACAAAUUGGCACAUAUUUACUGCGAAGACAUGAAAAUUGUAUCAAUUAGGGCUGCAACUAACGAUUAUUUUGAUGGUUGGUUAUUUUAUUGAUUAAUCGAUCAGUUGUUUGGUCUACAAAA